GAGCGCGCACGCGCGCGCCGCUGGUAAACAGACUGCAUGUGUGUGAAGUACAAACUUUCUCAAGCCAAGCGUUAUGGAGGUCAGAGUUUCAGAUAAACUGUUAGCUAGGUUGUAGCUAAUGAAUUUGUUGAUAAUAAUGAACGUUUUGAACCUUUGCCUUCCCCUCUCCAGAUAUAUUUUGAUAUACACCUUUAAGGUGGGGAACCUGUCGAGGGUUAGGGUUGACACAAAGAAAGUUUUCGAGCGUAAGAAGUUUACCGACUUUGAAGUUAGCCAAGGUUAGUCCCGGCAUAUAAGUAACGUAGACCAGCUGGUUACCUAAAGCAGGUCAGUACUAGUUUUGUCUGGAUUUUUAAACGACCUGUUAUGCUUCUCAUCGUAAAGUAUUUUACCUAGUAGUACGGUAUCAAGGAAUAUAGCUAGUUCUUAUCUAGCCUAGGCAAGCUUACUUUAGCUUAACGAUAUUACGGUAACUCAAGCAGAGAAACGUUUUACUGUACAUGCUAGCCCUUUUACAGUAGCUAGCUGGCUAGCUUCCUGGUAGCUGACUAGCUUACGCGUGAGGCUUGACAUGUUUAAACAUAACGUAAUGUAUGUUUUAUUUUGACAUAUGUUUUACCUUGUUGUCUGAUCACUGUCAGCUCACAUACAACGGAACAUCGUUACUUUGGCAAAUGCCUUUUCACUGGCCUCUUAUUGGCUGAAGUGCUAACGUUAGCUGCCUGUCUAAAUAAAAAAUAAAAACAAUUGAUCGAAAAUCUAAAUGGUUGUGAUAGCUAGCACAAUGUUGACCGCCUAUGAAAAGUUACCUGCACAACUCAAGGAAACAUCUAAUGCCAAGAAAGCCAUUGCCCUUCUCAUUGCUGCGUAUGGAGUAAAAAAGCUGUAUCCAUUAAUAUGGGCUAAACUCGGCAAAAGGACAUCUAAACCGCUGGGGGCUCCUCUGCCCCACUCCACUGAAGUGGUGGAAGUGUCCGCGAAGAAGAAGAGCAGCUCACCAGCCGUGAACCGAGAGUUUUUCCAGAGGUUAGGCCACCUGCUACGCAUCCUUUUCCCCAAGUUGUUCUGCAAGGAGCUGGGACUACUGGGCGUCCAUUCCCUGGCCCUGAUUUCCCGUACCUUCCUCUCCAUCUACGUAGCCAGUCUGGAUGGCAUGAUCGUCAAGACUAUUGUGAAGAAGGACCCCCAGGCUUUUGCAUGGCAGCUGACCAAGUGGCUCCUGAUUGCUGUGCCCGCCACCUUCAUCAAUAGUGUCAUCCGCUACCUGGAGGGCCAGCUGGCUCUGGCCUUCCGCACCCGGCUGGUCGACCAUGCCUACCGCCUCUACUUCUCCGACCAGACCUACUACCGUGUCAGCAACAUGGAUGGUCGGCUGGCCAACCCUGAUCAGUCCCUCACUGAAGACGUGGUGAUGUUCGCUGCCUCCGUGGCGCACUUGUACUCCAACCUGACGAAACCCAUCUUGGAUGUGGUUGUGACCUGCUACACUCUCAUACGGGCGGCUGAGUCAAAGGGCGCCAACACCACCUUGCCAGCGGUCAUCGCUGGUGUAGCCGUGGCAAUCACUGCCAAGGUGCUGCGGGCGUUUUCGCCUCGCUUUGGGAAGCUGGUGGCCGAAGAAGCCAGGAGGAAAGGCGACCUGCGCUAUAUGCACUCCCGCAUCAUCGCCAACUCUGAGGAGAUCGCCUUCUAUGGAGGCCACAAGGUGGAGAUGUCUCAGCUGCAGCGGAGCUACAAGGCCCUGUCGUCUCAGAUCAACCUGAUCCUGUUCAAGCGUCUGUGGUACGUGAUGCUGGAGCAGUUCCUCAUGAAGUACGUGUGGAGCGCCUCAGGACUGGUCAUGGUGGCCGUGCCCAUCAUCACCGCCACAGGAUACUCCCAACAUGACUCUGAGGAGGUGAAGCAGGCUGCCAUGGUGAUGAAGGAGGAGGACCUGGUGAGCGAGCGCACGCAGGCCUUCACCACGGCCCGGAACCUUCUGAACGCUGCUGCAGACGCCGUGGAGAGGAUCAUGAGCUCUUACAAGGAGGUGACAGAGCUGGCGGGGUACACAGCGCGGGUCCACGAGAUGUUCCUUGUGUUUGAGGAGGUGCGGGCAGGGGUGUUCCGCCGCAGCGCUGGGGAGAACCUCCUUGCAGCAGGAGAACCUGGGCUCGAGUCACGCGUCAUGAGACACGGCAUGCGUGUGGAGGGACCACUGACCAUCAGAGGUAAACACGCCAGGAACACGCCUCUUACAUGCUCCAUCCUUUAUCACAAAGCGGUCCCACACUCAUUGCACCGUGUGUGUGUGUGUGCAGGGCAGGUGAUUGAUGUAGAGAAGGAGAUCCGUUGCGAGAACCUGCCCAUCAUCACCCCUACAGGUGAUGUGGUGGUCUCCUGUCUCAACAUCCAGGUGGAGGAGGGGAUGCAUCUGUUGAUAACAGGUCCCAACGGAUGUGGGAAGAGUUCUCUGUUCAGGAUCCUGAGUGGCCUCUGGCCUGUCUAUGGAGGGGUCCUUUACAAACCUCCGCCACACUGCAUGUUCUACAUCCCCCAGAGGCCUUACAUGUCUGUGGGGACUCUGCGAGACCAGGUGAUCUACCCUCACACCCAGGAAGAGAUGAUUGAGAGAGGCUUCACUGAAAAGCAGCUGGAGGACAUCCUUAGUACAGUUAACCUGAACUACAUCCUGGAGAGGGAGGGAGGUUGGGAUUCAGAGAGUGACUGGAAGGACGUGCUGUCAGGAGGAGAGAAGCAGAGGAUGGGGAUGGCCCGGAUGUUCUACCACAGGCCUAAGUACGCCCUGUUAGAUGAGUGCACCAGCGCUGUCAGCAUCGACGUGGAGGGGAAGAUCUUCCAGGCUGCUAAGGAUUCUGGGAUAGCACUGCUGUCCAUCACCCACCGCCCCUCCCUUUGGAAAUACCACUCUCACCUGCUGCAGUUUGACGGGGAGGGCGGUUGGCAAUUUGAGCGUUUGGACGCGUCCACAAGAGUUUCACUGCAGGAUGAGAAGAUACGCCUAGAGACUCAGCUCUCUGGCAUUCCCAAGAUGCAACAGCGUCUGGAGGAACUCUGCAACUUGCUUGGGGAAGACACUGCUCUGAGGAAGAAGGGAGAGAUAGAGGGGCUCACGGAGGUGGAGGAAGAGGGCGAUGGUCAGGGGAGGGAGGAUGCGUAGGAACGCUGCAGAGAGAAGGCAGGAAGGAGGGAGACAGAAAGGCAAAAGGGAGGUGAGGGAGGGUAAUGAAGGAUGAUGUGUAGAAAUGUGUUUGUAUUUUCUGAGAUGGAUGGAAGUUGUGUGCGUGUGUGUUCGUGAACUUGUCUGGAAUGAAAAUGAGAGGUGUGAGGAUUGAUAGUGACAUGCCACCCUGCACUGCUUAAUAUGUCAAAGAUAAGCAGGGGUUCAGUAGCCUUGAGCUGGUUUUGGGGAGUUGACAGGUUUUGGGACAGGUGUGUGUGUGUGUGUGAGUGAGAGAGAGAGAGAGAGAGAGAUGAGUGAGGGGGUUCAUACUGAUGGGGGCUGUGUGAAGAGCAGGGGAAGAGAGAAGAAAGAGCUGCCAAAUACUGCCAGGUGUUGUUGAUGAUGAAAGCUGCCAUGAAAGGCUGCCACAGCAGUUUCCCCUCUUCCUGCAGUCUCACUGGAGUUCCAGAACUCUCCCUGGUGUGUUCUAGAACUCCCCCAUGGUGUCUUUUAGAACUUUCCAUACUAUGCCUUAGAACCUCAGGUCUGAGCAGAGUCACAUAGCCACAGAGAUAUAUGUACAACAUUGUCUGUACAACAGGUGAUGUCAUGCCAAUGCAGCAGGUACCAAAUGAAUUACCUCCGUCCUGACUCGCAUAAGAAAGAAAUUAAUAAUAGUGUGUAUACAUUAGAUUUUUUCCCCCUAAAUGAUUUUAAGAGAGAUCUGGGCUGAUGAUGUGGGGACAGUACCUGAAGAAAUACAAUGGCAUGCAUACAGUACUGUUAGUACUAUACAUGAUCGUCUUGGCCACAAAAACCACUCAAGUCAAUUCUGCUCGGGUUUAUGAAAUAUAUAUAUAUAUGUAUUUUUAUAUCAGAGCAUGAUAGUAUAUUCUCUACAUUUUAUAUGAAUGUAUAAUAGUAAUUUUAAUAUAUAGAAAAUGAAUUAUUUCCCCCCCCAUGUUAAGAUUGACUUCUAAUGUUUAACAUGGUGGGGUAAGUGCCACUGUAUGGCGUACAUUUCCCCACAGCAUUACAGCUGUAGAAAAGUGAAAUCAAUGCUGAUUUUAUAUCAAUUUUGUCAGUUUAGAACGUUUAUUUUAGUCUUUCAUGUUUGUCUCCACAUGACUAAGUCGAGGUUUAAUCAUUUCCUAUAUAUCCUAGAGUAUUACAUUUUUUUAUGUUAAGCAGACAAUUAACUAAGUCCAUUUCCUUUGCAACCGAUAAGGACUUUAUUUGUGUCCGAAAUAAAUGGAGGACAGUACGCUACAUA